UUGUGUUAUAACCAUUAUGAACCCAGAAUACGACUACUUAUUCAAGUUGUUGUUGAUCGGCGAUUCAGGCGUGGGGAAAUCGUGUUUAUUGCUGAGGUUUGCUGACGACACUUAUACUGAAUCUUACAUUUCGACCAUCGGGGUUGACUUCAAGAUUCGCACCAUUGAACUUGAUGGAAAAACUAUAAAAUUGCAAAUUUGGGACACGGCUGGCCAGGAGCGAUUCAGAACGAUAACUUCAAGUUACUAUAGAGGAGCUCACGGCAUCAUAAUUGUAUACGAUGUAACGGAUCGUGAAAGCUUCAACAAUGUUAAACAUUGGGUACAAGAAAUUGACAAAUAUGCGACUGAGAAUGUCAGCAAGCUGUUGGUCGGCAACAAGAGUGACCUCACAUCAAAAAAGGUUGUUACCUACGAUGAGGGUAAGGAGUUGGCAGAUCAGCUCGGAAUUUCUUUUUUGGAAACUUCUGCGAAAAACUCGCACAACGUUGAGCAGGCAUUCAUUGAAAUGUCCAGAGGCAUCAAGUCACGGGUUAAGACUACGCCCCAACCCAGUCGAUCGGGUGCGGGCGGCCCUGCACGUCUUAGGCCGGGACAGCCUGCUCAUGGCAAUCAAUCUGGGUGCUGCAGUGGGUGAUUGAGGAGCCGUCUCGAUAGCAGCUGGGCAUUUCUUGUUGUUGUCAUUUUCGACUGUCAACUGGGCAUUUGAGAUGCCGAAUUCUGUGGUGGUGUCGAGAUUGGUGCACGUGCUGUUGUCGAGGCUUAGAAAGCAUUGAUAGUCUUCGUAGAUAGUAGUUUUAUCAUCCCAUAUACCUUUG